AUGGACCCUUCGACAAACCAGACCUCAAAUGCCACUUCUCAGAAAAGGGGAGCGGCCAAUCAGGUCCCGCCAAAGAUUUUCACCUUUGAUGCGGCGUUUCCUCCUGAUGCAUCACAGGCGGAAGUGUGUGCAGGAACGGUUGCCGAGGUUAUUCAGUCAGUGGUGAAUGGAGCCGAUGGCUGUGUCUUCUGCUUUGGACACUCUAAGCUGGGAAAAUCGUACACAAUGAUUGGCAGUGACGACUCCCUUCAGACUCUGGGUAUAAUACCCUGUGCCAUCUCUUGGUUGUUUAAGCUAAUCAAUGAGAGAAAGGAGAAAACAGGAGCACGCUUCUCUGUUCGCGUCUCUGCUGUCGAGGUUUGGGGAAAAGAGGAGAACCUUAAGGACCUGCUGUCCGAAGUGGCUACAGGAAGCUUACAGGAUGGACAGUCACCAGGAGUCUACCUUUGUGAGGACCCCAUCUGUGGCAUGCAGCUCCAAAACCAGUCUGAACUGCGAGCUCCUACCCCAGAAAAAGCAGCCUGGUUCCUGGAUGCAGCCAUAGCAGCACGCCACAGCAUCCAGCGUCCAAACACCACAGAGGAAGAACACCGGAAUUCUCAUAUGCUCUUCACAUUACACAUAUACCAGUAUCGCAUGGAAAAGACAGGCAAAGGAGGGAUGUCAGGAGGUCGCAGUCGCCUCCACCUGCUGGACCUGGGCAGCUGUGAUGUUAAAGCACUUGGAGGAGGAGGAGGAGGAGGAGGAGGAGGAGGAGGUGGUGGGAAAAGCAGGGAGAACUCCUCACCCAGCUCAGCUUUUCUCUGUCUGUCUCUGUCUGCCCUUGGCAACGUGAUCCUGGCCCUGGUCAACGGGAGCAAGCACAUCCCAUACAAGGACAGCAAGCUGACCAUGUUGCUAAGGGAGUCGCUAGGCAACAUGAACUGCCGGACCACCAUGAUUGCUCACAUCUCUGCCUCACCCAGAGAUUUCUCAGAAACCCUUUCCACCAUUCAGAUUGCUUCGCGCGUCCUCCGCAUGAAAAAGAAGAAAACUAAAGUCAGCGUGCAAUAUACAUCCAGCUCUUCUGGAGGGGAGAGCUCCUGCGAAGAGGGUCGCAUGCGUCGCCCUACUCAUCUGCGACCCUUCCAUCACCGCGGCGACACAGACUCCGAGCUACCGCUGCUGCGACUGUCCAGUGACCCCGACGAAUACUCAAGCAGCGAGCAGUCAUGUGACACAGUGAUCUACGUAGGCCCGAAUGGGGCUGCGGUGUCGGACAAAGAGCUGACAGACAAUGAGGGACCUCCAGAAUUUGUGCCGAUUAUUCCAGCUUUGCUCAGAGGAAAAACAUCGGAGCAGCAUCACACACAGAGUCAGAACCAGACAGCUGGAGCUCAGAACAAGUCUCAGACAGAAGAGCAGCCCACUGCCCCCUCCCAGCCGCCGCCGCAGUCUUCUCAGACACUACUUGGUCAGCCAUUGGCCCCGGUCCCAGAGGAGGGAGCUGAAUGUCUGAAGUGUAACACCUUUGCUGAGCUGCAGGAGAGACUAGACUGCAUUGAUGGCAUAGCCAACAGGACAAGAAGCAAUGACCAACAACUUCAGGAGAUCAAGGAGGUGGUGGAGGAGGCAGAGUUGGCCCAGACAAUGAUCCACAGCCUCGCGCAAGCAACUGGAUGCCCCAUAGUUACUAAUACCAGGAGUGUCACAGGAAGCAGCUGCAUCACCUCUAACUCUCUGCACAUUGCCAACAGCUCUCACCUACAUGACAGCCAUGAGAAUCUGAAUUUGCUUGGGAAUACUGAAAUGAAGGGGCGCCCUGUUGGGUCGCCACGACUUGGCAUCGCCAGCCUGACCAAAACAUCUGAAUACAGGCCUCCGUCCUCCCCGUCUCAGAGGUGUAAGGUGUACACUCAGAAGGGAGUGAUGCCAGCAACGCCCCCUCUGUCCUCACACACUCUGAAUCAGGAUGGCCAGGCAACAGAUGCUCUGACCUCAGACAACAGUUUGGCUGCAGACAGUGGUCGCUCCUCCACAGAGUCCCUGCUGUCUAGGACUUCUCCAGUAGGCAUGAGCCCACAAGUCCGAGAGCCAACUCCCUCCCUGUCUGCCAGCCUGGGCUCAGCUGAGACGCUCUGUGACGACGACGUCCCACCGAUACCUUUAGACACACUCAAGGAAGUAACACUAGGAGCAGUUGGACCUUUCGUGCUUGGGGAGGAUGAGUUGGUAUAUACUGUGGCCUCUCAACGUGAGGAGGAUAUUGGAGCUCUCAUGGAGGAUCAGAGUUUGGCCUGCCGUCCAACUAGCAUCAUGAGCUUUAAAAGCGACUGUGGCUCUGAAGCUGCCCCCGCCUCACUCUGUCAACCCGUCAGUAUUGUCAGUCAUGCUGUUUUGGAUGGAGCUGUGGAGGGUUAUAAAACAUCUCCAGGUUGUGCAGCGACUUCAGAGGUGGUUGCCAUGGCAGAGGAGGCAAUGGCCAAGUUGCGAAUGGACGGAGAAGCCUUAGCCACAGGGAUGUCUAACUGUGGUUCCUCCAUAUCCUCGUGGAUGAGCGACUUGAGCAUGGCCAGUGACGCUGACCAGUCCCUCCACAGCUUCAGCCAGUCCCAGAGUCAGCAAGGGGAAGCACUGGCUGACCCUUACCCCAGCCAGAGCGAGAGUCCAAGAAGAGGAAGCCUUGAAGGAGAGCUGGUGCUGUCUGAGAACUCAUCAGAUAAGGAUACUCCAACCAAAGACAAGCUGAAAAAACUGCCUCCCUCCAUGGCUAAAACUAACAUCCAAAUUCUGACAGGGCCAGGUAACCACUCCCCUUUCAAAAGUACCGUCAACUUUAACCCAUGUCUGGCAGUCAAACCAAUGGUUAUACAGGAGCCCACCAUUCUCUCUUCACCCACGAAGACCAUCAUAACAAAAGACCAGGCCAAAUCCAAUGCAGCAGUUUUAGCCUCUAUAUCCAGUGAAAUGAGCUUUGAUGACCCCUGGUUGAAACGUGGCAUGGAGGAGGGAAGGGCCAGGGAGCUUGUGUGUGAAGUGAAGCCAGAAAAGAGGGAAGGAGAACCUUUAAAAAGCCAUUUAGGAGACAAAGCUGGAGGUGGAAGUAGGGAUCUUCAGAACUUCUUCAGGGAUGGUGCAGAUCAUAACAGCUCUGGCUCAGGUGGGGAAGUGGUGUCAUCUCCAGACUCCUUUAAGAGAGUGGUGGAUGGGUGUGAGAUGGUCGCCAUUGUUUCUCAAGGUGAAUGUCUGACGAGCAUGUACAGUCCAGAUAUCCACCGCACAGCGAGUCUUCCCCGUGGCUGGAGCCGCAUCAACCGGCAUGAUGGCUUAGAAAGUGGAAUGGAAUAUUGCAAUCUAGGCGUGACCACUUCAACUCCCUGCAGCCCCCGUGCAACACUCGACCGCUGGGGAUCAAAUGGAAAACAGGGCUUUUUCUCCCACAAGAAGGGGGGAAUUCCACCUCUGCCACCAGUUCGAAAGUCAAGCCUAGACCAGCGAAACAGGGCAGCCAGUCCACUCCACCUACCCAGCCAUGGGAUCUCGCCCCAGGGCAGCUCAGUAGAUGAUUCAGGGACACCUGGAUGUUGUCCGACAGGAACCAGCAGACAGCGUGGCUCCAGCAUAGACAGCAGCAGACUUUUCAGCGCCAAGCUCGAACAGCUCGCUAACCGAACAAACUCUCUAGGCCGGGUCCACGGCUCACACGGUAGUAGUUCCCACCACUAUGACUGCUUCUCCCUGGAGAGAGGCGAGAGCCUUAGAGGGGGAGGAGGGGUGAGAGGAGAUAGCACCAUGCCCCGCACUGGACGCAGCAUCACCCGUACUGCAUCUGUAUCUUCUCCUACUGGAAACCCCAGUAGCCCAAGCUAUAGUGGUAGUACCAGUCCAAGCAGCACUCCACAGUCACCAGCCAAGACCAGCAGCCAGUCAAAGAUCUCAGCAGUCAGUAAACUGCUGAUGACUAGCAGUCCCAAGUCCAGGAGUCUGUCUGCUUCCAGCACCAAGACCCUGAGCUUUUCCACCAAGUCUUUAAGUCAAACUGCCAGCCGCAGCUCCAGCCUUCCUCCUAAUGGAAAGAGUUCGGUCCAGGCCCCUCUGCAGCAACAGGCACCAGCUCCUGGAUCCUGGUCUACCCAGUCUUUGAGCCGGAGUCGAGGAGGAAGCUUAACAGCAAAGCUGCCCCUACGGGCUGUCAACAGCAGAAUCUCAGAGCUCCUCCAGGGAAGCACAGGCUUGCGUUCCAGGAACCACGUGCAGGGAGGAGGCUCAGAGCCAGUAGAAGAAAGAGGAGGCGCUGGGGCAAGUGGAGGUGGAGCAGGGGUAGAAACCCCGGGAGAGGAAAGAGCAGCCGUGGUCCAAACCCUCCCUUCUCCCUACAGCAAGAUCACAGCUCCAAGAAAGCCUCAUCGCUGCAGCAGCGGCCACGCAAGUGACAACAGGUAUUUCAACUUCAACCGAUGUCCUUUUGCCUCCAACAGCAGUGUACUGAGUGGUGAGCUGCCCCCGGCCAUGGGGAAGACGGCUUUGUUUUAUCACAGUGGAGGCAGCAGUGGCUACGAGAGCAUGCUAAGAGACAGCAGUGAGAACACAGGAAGCACCUCGUCCGCACAGGACUCCCUCAGUGAGCACAGCUCAGCCACCACCUCCUCCCGACGGAGUUCCAAGAGCAGCAAGAAGAGCAGGAGCAGCACAGGCCUCCAGCGCCGGCGUUUGAUACCAGCUCUGACCUUGGAUUCCUCUUCGUCAUCACCCUCGCAGCGGUCCUCUAAACAGGCCAUCACUUCCUCAUCCUCUUCCUCCUCCAGCCCAGGUGCAUGCUGGGUUGAUGGCCCUCUGGGGCCUCCUGCACCCUCAAACCUACGGGGCACAAUUGCUGCAACAGAAACUUUUGAGAUUAAGGUGUAUGAGAUCGAUGAUGUGGAGCGACUACAGAAGAGGAGGGAUAAAGCAGGCGGCAAGGAGGUGGUGUACGUCAGUGCCAAGCUUCGCCUGUUGGAGCAUCGCCAGCAGCGGAUCAGUGAAGUCAGAGCCAAGUACCAGUGUCUGAAGAAAGAACUGGAGCAAACCAAGCAGUACUUGAUGCUGGAGCCGCACAAAUGGACCACUGAGUUCGAACUACAGCAGCCCUAUGAAGUGGACUCUGUGGAAUAUUUACAUGCUUUGGAAACCGUGACAGACAAAUUGGAAAACAGAGUCAACUUCUGCAAAGCCCAUCUUAUGAUGAUUACCUGCUUUGAUGUGUCUUCAAGACAUCGAUAGAUGGAGGGAUGGAGAGCUGAAGGACAGAUAAGUAGACACACCGCUGGGCUUAAUUAGUGUUUAGAAAGAGUGUAGACCUUUGCACCAGGUAACCAAACACAUUAACUGUGUAAGAAAAUCUAUCUUCAACAACUAAAUGUCACUGGAGAACUGGAAGCUUGGACUCAAGGACUAACUGUCUGGUCAUGUGUUUUAUACAUACAUCUCCCCCAGAUUUAAGUAGACUGAAGGACAGAUGGUUGGAUAAGCAAAGCGGAGAUAGACAGAUAGCUAGCAAGCAAAGAAAUAAGCUUGGCGUGUCGGCGCUUGGAGGCUUCAGUAGCACAUUGAAUAGCAUCUAAUAGCCCCCGCCAAAUCAAAUAAAUGAUAUAUGACUGCUCACAGAGGCAGACUGAUGGCAAAAAGCAAAAAGCAACAUCAAGUCAAGUGACCAGAGGACAAAGAGUUGGACUCCAGACAUGGACUGCAGACUGAAUUGAAUAUUUUAAGAAUGUACAACAAGGAAAAGUGUGUGAACUGAAAAAACUCAAAUCUUUAGACAACAUAAGAAAGAGGAUUACGUGAUGAACAAACAAUUCUCCACAGUAUUUGGAAGAGCACUUUGUAGAGUUCCAGCUGUAAAUAGAGAGCUGAUUGCAGAAUGACAUGGUAUUGUUGUGCAGCAACAACCCAGAGAAGAACAGGAGGACAUGAUUUAGAUAAGUGCCUUGUGAACAUUUCUAACAAUUCCAAGACAAUACCAAUUCUCUUUUGCUCUGAUUUUGUGAACAUGCAGUAAGUAUGGUGCUAGCAUAGAAAUUCCUUCACAAAAAUCAGUGUCCUAAUAAAACUGCUUCAUUUAUAGUCAUUUCUUAAUGUGAUGUUUAAUUGUGGGUCGGUGUUUCAAAGUAUGAUAGAAAAAAAAAACUAACUCUGUUUCAGUGUAUGGUAUUUGGCACAUUCAUGACAGAUCAGAGAAACUUCAUAAAACCCAUGCAAAUGUUUAAAAAAAAGCAAAGGUGGAGGUAAAGGGUGAUACCAACAUACAAUUUAAACACAUCUGCCUGAAGUUUGUCCCUCUGGGGUAUCCAUAUGGUAUAUUGUCCUUUAUACUGUUGUAAUGGGUUUUUCAUGUUCAUGAAAUAAUGAAAUAUCCAUCACAAAGGAGUGGUGGUGAAAAGGUUUCUCUCUGUUCCAGUGUUGAAUACAGCCAUGCUGACUGACAGGCAGACUGUCUGUUAUUUGUAUCUGUGUUGUUCUGCUCUACUCUAAAAGAAACUGAAUGAUUUGUCAAUGUAUGUGUUUUUUAAUAAGAUUGUUUUUUAUUUGAGUGCAAUGGGAUCAUGUAGAGACUAUGUAUGAGAGCAGGAUGAUGGAAAUAGGUUUAAGGAGAUAUUACAAAACCAAUUUUGAUAAACAGAUUGAGUCAAAUCUUUGUAAUAUACAACAAAGUGAUAAAUUCUAAGUCCUGCAUUAAAGGAAAAAUAAUUGUGAUUAAAUAGUUUCAGUGUUUUAAUGUAAAGGAGAGAAACAGAAGCAUAAAGCAAUAGAGGAACACUCAGAAAACGAAUGGUAGCAACCUAAAUGAAUUACAUAGCUCUCUGCCUGAUUCCAUUUAUUUUGGAUGGAUAAUUACAAUUGAAUUUGUUAAUCUUAUUAUCAAUGGUGCUUGAGAUGUUUAUGAUCUAAAUGUUUGUACAAAUAUAAAUAUAAAAAAAGAGUUUGUUCCCCACUAAAAUAGAAAAAAGUACCCUUCAAAUGCUUCUUCUACAUUACUCAACAUCACCUUCUCUCUUCGGUACGGUUUGCCUGCAAGUAGAGACACUGAGAUCCUCAUGAUCCUCCCCUGAGGUUAAAAGAGGAAUCAGCUGACUUCAGUACUGGAAAUGCUGUUAUUGAUAAGAUUGAUAAUGUUAAUCAAAAGCAUAAUGCUAAAUGAAUUUCUGCUGAAGCAAAGCUGUAGAGACAGGAAACAGCCAUUAGUUUGUUUUGCUGCAAACCUGCAGGAGCUCAUCAGGUAGGAAAUUAAAUGCUUUUGGCAAACUGAACCCAUAACGUUUUUCAAGUUUUUCACCAUCAGCUGGCAAAGCAGCCUUGUGUUGUGCUCUAACUUCCCAGUUCAUCAAGUCCUGAAUGAAAGUUUAUUUAUUUCACAGCAAGAGACUGGAGAAUUUUUCUUUUAUACCUACUCGUUCUGAUCUUCAAAGGCUUCUAUGCAUUUAAGAAAUGUUUCUGUACAUACUUUAACAAGCUCAUGUCUCAUGUACAAAUAUAUACUGUGUGCACAUAUCAUAUAUGCGCUCUUUCUUUUAUAUAUUCAUUUGGAUUUAUAUAAUUGGCUCCUGUUGUUCCUCUUGGGGAUAUUAUUGAGUUUGGGUUUCCGAAAACAUUCACAGUAUUGAAAGUUACAGUUAGGUCCAAAUGUAUGAGAACCAAAUGUGUUUUUUUUAGGUUCCGCUGUUGUAUGCCACCAUGAUGGUUUUGUACUAAAUCAAAGAUUUUUAGAUCUAUUCAAGAGGUUUAACAAAUAUUGCUUUAAGAUAAGAGACUUGUAUACUUGUAAUUGUGCAGUACAAUGGUCAUAAAUGAGAGUGUUUCCCUCACCAUAGUUUCUACAUUUUCUCAAGCUGAAAAGUAAUUGAAAACGAUUUGGAGAGGCACUUACAUGGCAAGAUACAGUAAAUUGUCAGUUGAAACUCAUUGAGAAAAAGUUUACAAUGAAGAGAUAUCUUCAUGGACAUAAAUAUAGAUGGUUCAAGUAAAACCCCAGAACACUUUUUAACAGCAGAAUAUACAUAUAUAUAUUUAUUAAGUUAUAGUUGUGUAACCCAUACCCAUCAUUUCACACUUUAAUUAGAUCUUGUCUGCUUAAUUUCAAAUUUAACAAGGUGGUAUAUGCAAAAUAUUAAAAUGAAUUAAAGAUAAAACAUGUAUUUGUCGGACAAUUGGAAUGAAAGGAAUGUGUUUUCAAAUUAUGGUCCACUUCUUGUGUGAACAUGUUUGUGUCUUUAUAUAAAAUGCCUGUGCGACUCUUCAGCCUUGUGUAAUUACAGUUGGAUGUUUUUGGGAACCCAAACCUCUGGAUGAGCAGAAAGCUUGUUCCAGGUUCCAUGUUAAGAUGCUAUGUGGGAGGUUUCCUUUUCUAAUAUGUCACUGCCAGCCCUACUGUGUUCGCGGUUUAGAAUAAAAAAACUAAGUAAAUGCUCUGAAGUUUAGUGUUGUUAUUAUUUAAAGCUAAAAGAAGUUAAUCUAAACCAUGUUUUUGUCUCAUAAAUUACUCAUCAAAUACCAAUGAUGGAAGUUUGUAAGGCAAAAGACAAAUAGUCCCACAAACUAACUGACAUUUGUUACUUGUUUAUCAGGAUCAUGUAGGAAUUAUAAUGUGUUAUCUGAAAAUCUGACACAUAGCAUCUUAAGGGUUUUAAGGAUUACUGUUGUUGCAGUCUAAGUCAGACCACUUUUACCAAAAACAAAUUAGCAAGAGGACUUCUGUUCUUCAGAGAAAGAUCUGACAAAUAACUGUCAUGCAAGAGAAUGUGACGCACAAUAUUCCAACUGCAUCUGUGUUGUCUCUGUGAUUGAGGACCGUCAUGUCCUCUGAAGACCUGAAAUGUGGUCUGACUAAUUGUGUUGAUGGAAAAGUACGACGGUGGGAUGUAAAUAAAGGAAUGUAUUGAA